UGCCAGUCUAUUUUCAUUUUACUUUCGGUUUAAUUAAUUUCAAUGUGUUUCGUCAUGUUUAGAACGCUCCAGAAUAAGUAAUGUUAAUAUUUAUUAAUAGCUUUAUGUAAAAUCAGCUGUUUAUUCUCUUUGGACAGGGUGAACAGUUGCAUUCAAGAUAUGGCCGACAGAAACUACGAGGAAUGCCUGUUUCAUGGGGAUCGGGUUCAAUUCCAUGCUUUGACGAGAAAUCUGAAGGAAAAUCGAGUUAUUCCGAAAACAUACCUUGGCAGACUGGCAUCUGCUGUCUGUUCAUGCAGGAAAAACAGAACUAACAUUUCUCAGUUGAUGACGAUGGAUGACUUGCGUCACGUGAUGGAGCACCUCGAAGAGAAAGAAUUAUCAAAAAUGACCCUUUCUCUUAGAAAUUAUCUGCGUGGUAUUAUCAAAGAGACCAUUUCUCUGGAACAGUAUGGGAAAACUAAAUUGUUGUACAUUGUCUACAACGCACUGGUUAACAGCUCUUUUGAUGAACUGACGUAUGAUGCCAUUAACUCGCGACCCAAACCACUGCCAGCUACCUCCGAUGUUCAAAAACAGCGGAUGACCAGAGAUCAGUUUGUUUGUAUGAAGAAUAAAAGAUUAAGUAGAAAAGAUCUUGUGAGGGAGAUCUAUCUUCCAAUGUUUGCGAGAAAUGUAAAGAAAUUUACUGAAUCCGCCCAAUAUAAAUGUGUGAAACAAGAUUAUGACAAAGUUAAAUUAUUCGUGUGGUUUUGUGAUAAAGAAAAUACCGAGUUCAUUAACUCUAACCAGAAAAAGACUGCAGUGAAGUUAUACAUGAAAGACCCGAGUCAAUUUGAGGCUGUGAAGUAUAAUCUAGUUCAGAUAGCAGAAACAAUCCAGACAAAACAAGACACAAAAUGGGACGCCAAAAAGACUGCUCGCCGUACGCGUACGUACAUGUAUAGGAAAUGGGAUUACCAAGAUCCAAAUUUCAGCUCCAUUACAGACAUUGCUCUUCAAGUUAAGGAAUGUUCAGAAUCAGAAUACAAGAAGAAGACAGUUAAAAAAAAGGUCAAGAAAUCCUCCAUCUUGACCGGUGGUCACUGCAUGAAUUGUUUGGCUCCUUUUGUUGACAUACACACGAACGACAGAGAAUGUAGGCAUCAUCCAGGAUAUAUAAUGAACCCUAAACUGGUAUGGUCUUGCUGCAGACGAAAGAGUGGGGAACAAAAGGCUGACCACACAAUGCACAAAAAGACUGGGUGCAGCACAACACAGCACAACUGGAGGCCUCACAAGAAACACCAAGCUAAAGUCCUCAAAGACUUGUUUGAUGAGUGACUGAUUAUAUGGAGAAAACGAGACCGAAUAAAUCACAGCUGAUUCUUUUUGUAUUUUGAAUUUUGAUCUAUUUAUUGAAACCUGUAGUGAUUAAAACACUUUUUGAUUUUAAAAUGCAUCCUUUUGGAAAUACAUGUAAGAUGAACAACAAAAUGAUGCGAAUUUGAUGUGGAUUGCAGAGAAGUUCAUGUUCUUUUUAAUUACUUAAAUCAUUAGAAGGCUUAAUUUUAUAUGCCUUUUCAUAAAAAUUGUAUUAAAUUUGUUGUAAUUAAAUAAACAUACAACUGCAGCUGGGUAACUUAUUA